GAAAAAUGGUGGGAGAUAACACAUGUCAAUUGUGUGGUGAACAUCAGGAGACAACAAACCAUCUGAUCUUCCAAUGCAGAAACAACAAGGAAAUAUGGAACAUGACACCAUCUAUCCGGACACCAGAUGGUUCUUGGACGUCACCAAAGGACAAGGCUGGAAUUGGUUGGGCUCUAUUCAACUCUGAAGCAAAAGUUAUAUUGGAAGGAAAGGCAGCAAUAGAACCAGUCAAUUCUCCACUAGAAGCUGAAGCAGAAGCAUUGAGAAUGGCGAUAAUAAAAUUGAGGAAGCUAAGAUAUUACACAGUCACCUUCUAUGGAGAUUCCUCUGAUCUUUAUGAUACAAUCUCAAAACAAUCUCAUCAAGCUUGCCACAUCACUUCGAAAGGAACUCAUUGUCCAACUCACAUGAAAGAUAUUGUCAAUCUGGCAAGAGGGAACGAAUACAACUUUUGCUUCCAAAAGAUUGAAAGGUCUCGUAAUGUUGUUGCAGAUAAAUUAGCUAAAGAGGGGUAGGAUUACAAACUCAA